UCCAGGGCGCAGGACACCCCCCUCCAACCUGCUACCCACGCCGCCAGGGGCCUCGGGGAAGAAUGAACCCACCCGCAGGCGACGGCCCUCCCGGCCCCACGAGCCCCGCCGUGGGUGGGAAUGCCCCGAACGGCUCUGAGGACGAGUGCUCCGACAUGCAGGUGGCCUUCCUACCCUCGCUCUACGCGGCCACCUACACCGUGGUCUUCAUCCCGGGGCUGCUGGCCAACAGCACGGCCCUGUGGGUCCUGUGCCGCUUCGUCCGCCAGAAGAACAAGGCGGUCAUCUUCAUGGUCAACCUGUCGGUGGCCGACCUGGCCCACGUGCUGUCGCUGCCCCUGCGCAUCUACUACUACGUCAACCUCCACUGGCCUUUCCCGCCCUCGCUGUGCCUCUUUUGCUUCUACCUGAAAUACCUGAACAUGUACGCCAGCAUCUGCUUCCUGGCCUGCAUCAGCCUGCAGCGCUGCUUCUUCCUGGCGCGCCCGCUGGCCGCCCGCGGCUGGAGGCGCCGCUACGACGUGGCCAUCAGCGGCGCCGUCUGGGUGGCCGUGGGGGCCGCCUGCCUCCCCCUGCCCCUGCUGCGGGCCGCCCAGCCCGCCAAACCGGGCCUCCGCACCGCCGGGGCCUGCUUCUCCGACCUGGGGCUCCGGCCUCUGGGUCCGGCCGCGGCGGCCGGCCUGCUGACCGCAGCCGAGCUGGGCGGCUUCGUGCUGCCCGUGGCCGUCAUCACCGGCGGCACGUGGUGCGCGCGGCGCUGCCUGAGGGGGACCCCCGCGCCUGUCCCGCACGGCCCCGGUGACCCGCGCCGGGCGCUGCGGAUGCUCGCCCUGUGCGCCGCCGUGUUUGCCGUCUGCUUCACUCCGUACCACCUCAGCCUGCCCUUCUUCCUGCUGGCCAAGAGAGGCUUCUUCUCCGACUGCGCCGUUGUCCGCGUCGCGCUCACCCUCCACGCCACCUCGCUGGGCCUCGCUGGCCUCAACUGCUGGCUCGACCCCCUCGUCUACUACUUCUCCACCGCCCAGUUCCGCCGCCUGCUCUGGAGGCGACCCUCGACCCCUGGCCACUCCUGGAUGGCCGUCCCCCAGGCCCCGCCGUCCCGGACCCCCGACGGGCUCCACCUACCCAAACCAACUCCCGCUCCGCCUUAGUCCACACUUCCAAUUAAA